UCUGAUCUUAGUAUCUUUAUGAAUUUAUUUAAAUUAAUUGAAUUCACCGUCCGAAAUACUACUUCCCGAUAUGCCUCAAUCGUUAAUGAAUAAUCAAUUCGGAGCCGAAGACGGUCUUAAGAAAUACUCUUGUUUACUCUGUCGGCAACGUAAAAUCAAAUGCGACCGUCAUAACCCCUGUUCGAAUUGCGUCAAGUCUGAGAAACAAUGUAGUUUCGUACCUCCUGUUCGUGGGAAACGAAAAAGAACAAAACCUCAUAGAGAAGGUCUUCAUGCUAAAUUAAAACGAUAUGAAGACCUAUUGAGAUCUUACGGAGCGAAGAUUGAACCAUCCGACGAUUUUGAUAAUUCCAACUCGGAAACAACAUCACAACCUGAUAUUGAUAUAGAAGAGGAUGGUGAAACUAGAAGUUCAACACAAAGUGAUCCAUUUGGGAUUGAAGGAACUAAACCAAAACUUAUUACCAAAGAAGGGACAUCAAGAUAUUUUGAAAGUGCUCUUUGGUCUAGCCUAGGAGAUCCUCAACACCCCGAAACAACUGCUAUUGAUGAUAUGGAUGAAAUCAAUGCGCACGAAAGUGCAUUAUUCUUCGAACCUGAUCAUGACCCUAGAUCUGAAAGCCUUGAAAGUCUUCAUCCACCGUUUGAAGUUGUUGAAAAAUUAAAAGAUAUUUAUGUUGAUCGAGUUGAUCCAUUGAUCAAAAUCUUACAUAUUCCUACAUUUUGGACUGCAUUGACGAAUGGUUUACAACAUCUUCAAAAUAUUCCUAGAAGUUUAGAAGCGGCCAUAUUCGCUUUUUAUCUUUCAGCGAUUACUACUAUGAAUGAGCAGGAAUGUCAGAGUUCAUUCGGAAUCGAAGCAUCCCUUGCCCAUUCUCGUUAUAGGAUUGCGACUCGCCAAGCUUUAGAAAAUGCGAGACUUUUAUCCACUUCAAGUCCGAUGACUCUUCAAGCAUACUCAUUAUUUAUGAUGUGUGUGAGAACUACUUAUCGAUGCGAUACUCUCUAUAUCCUUUCGGGUAUGGCUGUACGACUUGCACGUAAAAUGGGUCUUCAUCGUGAUGGUACAUCACUUGGAUUAUCCCCAUUCGAAACAGAAAUACGAAGAAGACUCUGGUGGCAUGUUGUUCAUGUGGACUUUCGUGUAGCCGAUGUACUUGGUAUAAAACCAUCUUUGGAUCUUUCCUCUGGUGAUGCGAAGAUACCUCUAAAUAUUCAAGACGAAGAUCUUCAUCCCGAUAUGAUUUCUCUACCAUCAGAAAGUUGCGGAAUCACUUCAAUUACGCUUUGUUUAAUUCGAUGCGAAAUUAUGGAAUUUUUACGAAAAUUCUCCACGUCAAGUCCUGGAGAUGUACGUUGGGAAUUACUUUACAGUUCCGCUUUUACUCUCGCGAAAAAAGACAGUGCAAUCACCCAAAUUGAAGACUAUUGGGAAAAGAAAUAUCUUCGAUACUGCGACCCAUGCAAUUCACUUCAUAUUCUCGUCUCGAUCGUAACACGAUCUUCUAUAUGCAAGAUGAAGCUUUUUACUCGCGAUCUACGACAAUUCGUCAAUUGCUCCGUUCAAGUACCCGAUAGCGAACGUAACGUCCUAUUCGAAAAUGCUGUAAAGUUAUUGGAAUAUGGAAAUAUGAUGAAAGGUGGUUCACAUGGAUUAGAUAAAUACAAGUGGCAACUUGGGACAAGUUAUAUAUGGAAUACGAUGUUAUGUGUGCUUAUCGAAGCACGACAUCGAAAAACAGGACCUGAAAUGGGUAAAUUUUGGGAAUUGAUCGGUAUUGUCUUCUCACAUUAUCCUAAGGUACUCGAACAACCUUCUGGAGGUGUUUAUACAGCACUUGGAAAAUGGACCUUGGAUGUUUGGGAAGGUUAUGUUGAAGCUACGAAAGAGAAAGGUCUUCCAGAACCUUCAACACCAGGUUAUAUCCAUGCACUUCGUCGAGGAAGAAAAGUAGCAACCGAAGCAAGUGUUAGGUCAAAAGAUAUGAUAACUUCAAGACCUGGUACUAGAGGUUCUUUUAGUUAUGAUAGAUUUCAACCUCAACGAUAUGAAGGCGGCUUUGAUUUUGGACAGUUUGAAACCUAUGAAUUUCCUGAUUUACACUCUUUUGAGACUGAUCCAAGCGAAUGGAUUCAAUGGGAACAGUUGGUUACAGAGCAGAGUGGAUUUAUUUAGGUAGAUGUAUCAUGGAUGCUUUAUAUGAAUUAACCUACUGUGCGGGUACUGCGCUUCCAGAGAGAAAAAGGGGUUGGUAUCAAUUCCCUGCUUGAAUAGGGGUCUUUAGUGUAUACCCCACUAGAAUAUUGGUGGUCACAUUUAUAGCGUACACCUCCUAAAAUACAGCGCAUUAUAGCAUCCUACUAAAUGCUUUGUAAUUACCUCAGAGUCUAGAGACAUUCCUAGGUAGAAUCCCCUAUAAUUG